AUGGAUGGGGCCAACGCGGACGUUAACAUGGCACAGGUCAGAGACUUGCAAGCGUCGCUAUUCCCGAUUUGUACGAAAGGGUCAUUUUUAAACAAUUUACUUAAUCGUACAUUGAGAAACAGUCAGGUGGAUUUAAACGCGGACGGCGACCCGAGGCAGUUAGAAUCUAAAUUAAGAGACGUCAAAGAAGUUUUUCCGUUGAUGAAAGAAGUAGAUUGUCCUUACCAAGCUGCGAGAUGGCCAAUGGAGUGUCAAGUCAUAGACGAUCCCGUCAUUCACGUCCACCCGACGUCUGGGUCUUAUUCAGAAAAAGAGCCUCUUUACAAGUUUACAGGCAGAGAAAUACAACCAAAACAAGUGGGUGAAGAUUCGGGAGAAGUAAUAUUCAAAUAUUAUCCUAUCAGCAGCGUGAACUACUUUUGUCGUUCAGCCGUUGGUGGUAGUGCGUGUACUCAAGCACAUAGUAGCCAAGACACAUCUGACUUGAUUUUUGAAUCACGUUUUGAAUCCGGUAACCUAGCCAAAGUUGUCAAAAUAACCAGUACGUAUUAUGAAUUAUCGCUAAGAUCAGAUAUGUAUACCAAUCGGCACACUCAAUGGUUCUAUUUUAGAAUAGAAAAUACAAAAAAAAAUAUUAAAUAUAGAUUCUCCAUAGUCAAUAUGUAUAAGUCUGAAAGUCUUUUCACUGCUGGUAUGAAACCAUUGUUGUACUCAACAAAGGACGCAAGUCAAAAAAAUAUGGGCUGGAGACGUUGCGGGGAAAACAUUGCAUAUUACAAGAACGACGCACCAAAUGGUGAUAGUGAGGAUAACCCACGUUAUAUAUUUUCAUUUCUCUUAGAGUUCCCACAUGAUAUGGAUACUGUAUACCUGGCCUACAACUAUCCAUACACAUAUACGAACUUACAAGACUAUCUAAUAAAACUCAAGGACGACCCUGUGAAAGCGGUAUUUACAAAACUCAGAGUUUUGUGCCGAACAUUAGCUGGCAAUAAUGUGCAUUAUUUGACUGUAACGGAGCCUUGUCAAGAAGAAGAUCCAAAACAAAAAAAAGUUAUUGUUUUAACAGCACGUGUUCAUCCAUCCGAAACUCCAUCAUCUUGGAUGAUGAAAGGAUUUAUUGAUUUUUUAACUGGUGAUUCGUCACAAGCAAAGGAAUUACGGAAUCGUUUUAUUUUUAAAUUGAUACCAAUGUUGAACCCAGACGGCGUGGUAGUUGGUAAUAGUAGAUGUUCAUUAAAUGGACGGGACUUAAAUCGGCAAUAUCGUAGCGUUAUUCGAGACGCCCAUCCAGUUAUUUGGCAUACAAAACUUAUGCUUCGCAGAUUAAUUGAAGAACGCCAAGUAGUGAUGUUCUGCGAUUUACAUGCACACUCGAGGAAGUCGAACAUUUUCAUGUAUGGAUGCGAAGGAAAAGGCCACGAAGGGAGAAAACUGCAGGAGCAAAUAUUUCCACUCUUGUUGCACAAAAACGCUCCAGAAAAAUUUUCAUUCGAAGAUUGCAAUUUCAACAUUCAGCGUUCAAAGGAAAACACAGCUCGUGUAGUCGUUUGGCUGAUGGGCGUCGAGAAUAGUUACACAAUGGAAGCUUCAUUUUGCGGUUCGUCUCUCGGUUCUCGAGCUAACACUCAUCUCGGUAUCAAAGACUUUGAAGAUAUCGGACAGACGUUUUGUGAAACCUUGUUGGACUAUUAUAACGAGGAUCCCCGAAAUGAAAGAAUGAAACUGAAAAUAUGCAGCCGACUAAUGGAACAGGGCUCCAAUGCAGAACAACCAAAAAAUAUAGAUAUAUCAGAUUAUUCGAGCGAUGAGAGCUCAUCGAGUGUAUGCGAAGAAAUCGUUGACAAGUUGAGUUUUGAAGACGACGCCACAUCUCUGACUCAACUAUCAAUUAUUGUACCACCUAGUACACCAGUUGUGCCGAAACGAAAAUCACGAAAAAAAAAAAGAAAAUCAAAAGAUUGUAGUACGAAAAUUAUUACGCUGUAA